AUGAACCGCAGAUCCAUCUCAGACGCCUCCGAGAGAAGCUGCGAGGGCCUGACGGCAGAGGACACGCGGGAGCUGUGGAGGUGCAUGCUGGAGCUCCAGGGCCUCUACGGGUGCUACACGUCGGCCAGAAUCGACGUCGCAAUGGAAGCCGGCGAGCAAGGCGUGAACCUGAUGCCCAACCGCUUCAUCAUUGAUACCCUCAACAGCUCUGUCCUGGAGCAUCUGCCCCAGGACGGCCUGGAAAAGCUCAACCGCUUCCUCUGUCAUGAUGGGCCGCCCUCUCCUCCUGCCAAGAGGUCGCAUAGGCCCAACUUCUUGAAGAGGAGUGCCAUGGCGUGA